UACACUGUCGUUUAUAUGAAAUUAUAAGGCGCGCGCGGUAAAUCGUGUUUUUGUGAUACGUCAAUUUUAAUUUAAUUUGGGAAAUGUCAUUGACUACGGGAUUCGGAACAACUUCGACACCAGCUCCUGCGUUUAGCUUUGCUGGUACAGCUCCCACUACGGCGAUACUGGUGAAACCAGCAUUUGGGACACCAUCUUUUGGAUUUAGCACACCAUCUACCUCUGCACCCAGUCUCUUUGGUACCUCAUCGACUCCAGCAACAGGAGGAUUUGGUACUGGUACUAGUUUUGGAACACCAGCUGCCACUGCUUUUGGUAGUACACCAACAAGUGGUUUUGGUCCUGCACCUACGUUUGGUACCACUACUACCCCUGGUUUUGGAACUACUCCAGGGUUUGGCAGUGGUACUGCGUCAGGCAGUGCAUUUGGAGUUGCACCUUCCUUUAGUAACCCGCCAGUUACUACCACUGUCUUUGGUACGUUUGGAACCACUACAACACCCUCCUUAAGCUUUGGAAGUUUUACUGGAUUUGGAAAUACAACUACAUCGACACCUUCCUUUCUUGGAGGAUUUGGUGCCACAAGCUCAGCUCCCACUUUUGGUACAUCAACUGGUUUUGGUGCAUCUGGAGGUUUCAAUGCUUUUGGCACAAAACCAACAGCCACUACUACAACCACCGGUUUUGGUGGAUUUGGUACCGGCACAGGAUUUGCAGGUUUUGGGUCUGGAUUAGUUCAAUCACAUCAACAGUUUCAACAGCAACAACAACAACAACCUACUAAUACAUUAUCCGAAGCAUUAUAUAAUGCUAUAUUUAAUUGUCAGUUGUAUAACGAUGAACGUGACAAUAUUAUCGCUAGAUGGAACCUUAUACAAGCCUUAUGGGGCACAGGAAAAGCCUACUUUUACAUGAAUGCACAACCUAUUGAUCUUACACAAGAAAAUCCACUGUGCAGAUUCAAAGCUAUCGGCUACAGUCGAAUGCCCGAAGCUGAUAAUAACGACGGUCUGGUCGUACUUUGUUUCAAUAAAAAGAAAAAGGAUAUUAAAGAAGGCAAAUUACAAUUGAUGAGUUUUAUAAAUAAUAUCUUGGGCAAUAAACCCAAUUUAUCGCUUACGAUAGACAAUGUCAAAGCAACGGGAGAAGAUAAAAGUCAAGUGACCAUUUUUGUCACUGAGAAAGGAAUUACUGGAGCUCCAAGAAAAAUUCCUGCCAGCGAAUUAGUUGCAUAUUUAUCACAACCAAUGCAAAAGCAACAGUUAGUGCAAAAUGGUGUAGAGGAUAUGUUACCUUUAGUUAAAUUAGAUCCUGCACAGCUUAAAGAAUAUUUAGAUAAUCCUCCUUGUUCGAUCGAUCCACGGUUAUGGAAACAAGCACAACUGGAUAAUCCUAAUCCAGAACUUUAUAUACCUGUACCAAUGAUUGGUUUUCAACAAGUCAAACAUAGAUUGAAGUGUCAAGAGGAGGAAACUGCAAGACAUAGAAAUUUUUUAGACAUGACAGCAGAAGAAAUACAAAGAUUACAAAGACAACAUACAGCGAUACAAGCCAGAUUAAAAGAACAUCGGCGAACUUUAUUGGAACUCCAACAUAGAGUGUUACAGGUGCUGGUACAUCAAGAAAUUACACGUAAAGUUGGAUUAUCUUUACAACCAGAAGAAGAAGUUUUAACGCGCAGGUUCGAAGCUAUGCAUUCUCAAGUUAGCGCUCCAACUCAAUUCAAAGGUAGAAUUAGUGAAAUGCUUUCUCAGUUAAGAAUGAGAAAUCACAUAGACACUCAAAAUCAGGAAAGGUAUGCAAUGGAUCCUAUAGCACAGGAUGACAUAAAAGCGUACUUAACAAUGGAACAACAAGGCAUGGCACAACUCAUAGCAACAAUAAACUCCGAUCUAGAAAGUUUAAAAAUUAUUAAAAAUGGCAUGGCUGAACUUCUAUUGAGUCAUAAUAUAUCGUGAGAAUUAUAUUUAAUAACGCAGAUCGCGUAUUUUUUUGUCAAAAUAAUUCAGGUGAUAUGAUUGUCAUUAUCGCCGAUAAUAAGGUUGCAAGGACUUAAACGGAACAUGCAACUAAAAACAGAGAUUUUGCACCUCCGUAAAUCGGUGCCAUAUUUAUUUUGAAUCUACUUCCUAUUUGCACCUGUUGAUUGUUUCUAUUAUAAACUUAUACAUAUAUCUACAUAAAAAAAUUUAUUUUGUCCAAGAGUAAUAUUUCCAAUCAUGAUAAUUUUUCACGUACGAAAUAACUAGCGUUAAUAAUGA